AAAAGUAUGAACACUCAACAGGACAGGCUGUAGUGGCGGGCAUUGAAAUGAUGGAAGUCUACAAAGCACUCUGUUUGGUGACUCUUCUAGUUACCCUCUUUUCAAAAGUGUCUCACUCUCAGCUGGAUGUGUGUGGAAUCUCUCCUCUCAACACUAGGAUCGUGGGGGGUCAGAAUGCUCCUCCAGGGAGUUGGCCAUGGCAGGCCAGUCUGCAGAGAUCUGGCAGCCAUUUUUGUGGGGGAUCCCUUAUUAACAAAGAGUGGGUGCUGACUGCUGCUCACUGCUUUCCCAGCACCAGUAUAUCAAAUGUGGUGGUCUACCUGGGUCGUCAGAACCAGCAGGGCUCCAACCCUAAUGAAGUGAGCCGUACGGUCACUCAGAUCAUCUGCCACCCCAACUACAUCAGUAGUACCAGUGACAACGACAUGUGUCUGCUGAAGCUCUCCUCCUCUGUGACUUUUACCAACUACAUCCGGCCAGUCUGCCUAGCUGCACAAGGCAGCUCCUUCUAUGCUGGCACUACUAGCUGGGUCACAGGCUGGGGCACCCUCAGCAGUGGAGGAUCUCUACCACAGGCCCUACAGGAGGUGGAUGUGCCAGUAGUGGGAAACAGGCAGUGUAACUGUAAUUAUGGAGCUGGCUCCAUCACUGACAACAUGAUUUGUGCUGGUCUAUCAGCAGGAGGAAAGGAUUCCUGUCAGGGGGACUCAGGAGGUCCGCUUGUGAGCAAACAGGGUACUCGCUGGAUCCAGUCUGGAGUUGUGAGUUUUGGCAACGGUUGUGCUCUGGCAAAUUUCCCUGGUGUGUACGCCAGAGUUUCCCAGUACCAGACCUGGAUCAACAGCCAGAUUACCAGUGACCAACCUGGCUUCAUCACCUUCUCAUCCAGUGGGACUGACUCUGACCUCAGUGUCACCUGCACCACCACCACCCCCCCUACUACCACACCCGCACCUGUGGUGUGUGGCAGCGCUAGCGCCUCUUUGAACUCCCGUAUUGGUGGGGGAAGCUCGUUGGCGACAGCAGGCUUGUGGCCCUGGAUAGCCAGCCUACAGAAGAACGGAGCACACGUCUGCGGGGGCACGUUAGUGGCGGUGGACUCUGUCAUGAGCGACGCUAGCUGCUUCUCCAGGACAAUGACCCAACAAACCUCCAGGCUGUGUAAAGGCUAUUUGACCAAUAAGGAGAGUGAUGGAGUGCCGCAUCAGAUGACCUGGCCUCCACAAUCCCCCAACCUCAACCAAAUUGAGAUUGUUUGGGAUGAGUCGGACCGCAAAGUGAACAAAAAGCAGCCAACAAGUGCUCAGCUUAUGCAGCCCAACGCUGCUCAAUGGACAGUGAUCCUGGGUCGUCUGAAGCAAAACGGCUCCAACCCUAAUGAGGUAACCCUGAAUGUCAUCAACAUCACCAUGAGCAACUUGACAGGCAACAAUGUGGCCAUCCUCCGACUGGCCAGCCAACCCAAGUUAUCUAACUACAUCCAGCCUAUCUGUGUGGACCAGGGAACCAGCACCUUCAGCACAGGGACUAAGUGCUGGGUGGCUGGCUGGGGCACUGGCCUGGGUGGGGCUGAGCAAGUCCUGCAGGAGUUCCAGACCUCUGUGGUGGAAUGCGUGAAUGUUUCAUCUUUGGACAACAUUUGUACCGGACCUGUGACACUACUGCAGGGUGAUGUGGGUGGUCCUCUGAUGUGUAAGCAGGGCAACUCAUGGUUUCAGACUGCUGUGUUGACUGUCGAUAGCAGCAACGUCACAAGCAGCAGCACCACUAGCACCAGCAAAGCACGAUGGAGCCAGAGUCCUCGCGCCUCCACCAUCCAAGUCUUCACCAAAACCUCCCGCUUUAAGAACUUCCUCGCUACCAAUUUGGGAACCCUCCUAUCCCCCGCCUUAGCCGGUGGCAGCAGUGGAGCUUCCAUGGCCCACUCCUCCUUCUCACUCUUCCCCUUCUUCUCCCUCUCCUUUGUCCUCCUGUUGGGUUGGGAUUGACCCUAAGCAACUCAAAGGCAACCAUUGACAAGCCCGUUCCGUAACUUCCAACUAACCAAAAGUCAGUGACUGGCAGUGUGUCAAAGCAGAGUGUGCCAGAGUGUGUCAAAGCAGAGUGUGUCAGAGUGUGUCAAAGCCAACGUUGAACUCAGGGAUCCUUCAUCUCCGGUCACUUGAAUUAUGAAUGUUUACAACUUCCCCUUUGUUUUUCUUUACUAUGUCAAAGUCAAUCAAUAAAAUAUAUUUUUGCUGUCACAA